GAACGGUUACAUUCUGUUGAUCAAAUCUAACGUGUGUUUGUUUAUUAAAGAGGACGUCACUGCCAGAGGAACGAUGAUGAGCAAAGGAGCUACAGCGGAAACAUGAUCGGCCUAAUUCUACCACGCCUGUCCAUCAGCUGUCACUCAGUGUCCUCUACAGGCAAAAACUCUCACCAACACAUUGUAUCGGUUCUAUCUGCCGCCUCGGCCAUUAUUGGCAUUUAAAAAACAAAAACAAGUAAUGAGGAUGAUCAUUUCUAAAGAAAUACAGGCUGCAGUCAUCGAUUGAGAAAUAACCUACUGUAGGUGCAUCAAGACACUUCUUAGGUUGGAAUGAAUUGCUGAGGAAGAAACAUGGAUGACAUGUUCCUACGGGAUUAAACGAUGGCUGUGAUGACGCAUGAGAUUGGACCCGGCUGGAAGAAAAGUCACUUCGCCACCAUGCUGUAACACAACAUGACCCGUGUUUUGCUGAGAUUGCUGCUGUCAGUCAUCACAGCCCAGCUCGUGUCCGCCGCCCCAUCAUGCCCUUCUUCCUGUGUGGUUUGUUCUCAGGACGUCGUCAUCUGCCACAGACUGACUCACAUUAUUGAUGUUCCAGGCACGAUUCGGGCUCUGCUGCUGACAGACGGCACCAUCUCAGCGAUUCAGGCUUCUUCACUGUCUGACCUCAGCAACGUCACGCUCAUAGGUCAGUGCACAUGUCUGAGUUAUAACCAUAUCUCAGUGCUGGGUGAACAUUCAUUCAAAAACCUGGUCUUCCUCCACACUUUAUUGCUGGACCACAACCUCCUGACUAACCAAGCUCUUCAAGGUGGAGCUUUGAGCUACCUAACACGCUUAGAGGUCCUCUCACUGGGCCACAACCUCAUCAGCAUGAUCCAGGCUGGCUGGUUCAAAGGGAUGACAGCUCUGCGGCACCUGAAGCUGGAAGGAAACCUAUUUACCAGUUUGGACUCUGAUUCCUUCCCUCAGACUGACCUCAAAGAUUUGGAGAGUCUGGACCUGUCAGAUAACUUAAUAAGUCACCUGGACAGAAAUGGUUUCCAUGGGUUGACAGGCCUGCAGACUCUGGAUCUGUCCAGGAACCGCCUGUGUUCAACUUCAGCUGAGACUUUUUCCUACCUCAGAUUUCUGACCAACCUCAACCUGGACUUGAACUCAUGGAACUGCUCCUGUCAGCUGCUUGGUCUGGCUGGCUUCCUGUCCAGCUUCAUACAGCAGCCUGACAAGAUACUGUAUGAUGGUCAUCAGAUGGUGUGCGUGAGUCCUGACAACCCGGCUGUAACCACUGUGCUUGAGUUAACUGGUGCCAACUGUGUCCCAUUCAAUCAGAAGAGCAGCAUACAGACCAAAGCAGUGAGGAGUGUGAUGCCUCAACUUCAUGCUCGAGAUGUGGCCAUCGCUGCUGUUGUCUCCUUGGCUGGUGGUGUCGGUUUGACAUUGUUGAUCGUCCUGAUUUGCUGUAAAGUGUCUCGCAGAAAGAAACUCAAAGAAAGUAUGAGACAGAAACAAGAAGGGGAUGAAAGCAGCACAGCAGUCAACCAUGUCAAUCAGUUAGAUGGGAGUAACAAGAGGCGGGGCCUCUUCUCACAGGCCAACAGCAGGCCGUCAUGUGACAGGGAGGCUGCACUAGAGAGUCACAGCGGCGUAGUUCAGGACAGAAUCCAUUUUCAGUGCCGAGACUGCAGCUCAAAUGGAGCGAGAGGGGCGGGGCCAAACCAGAGGAGGUGGGACAACAGGAUGAAUGGAGGGAUGAAGGCAAAGGAGGGGAUGCGAUUAAGGAUGAUGAUGGAAGAGAGGAGGCAGCAGCCCAGGAACACUGUUGUCCCGGUCAACAAGCUGCCUUCACACAGCAGCAAAAACUCGUAUUCUCAUCCACAGAGAGAAAGCUUCAGCCAGAAUGGCUUAAGACAUGAAGUCCUGCCUGCUGAUGCCUACAGAGGACCAGAGUCGUUACACUGUGAGACCUGCCACAGGGCAUACAGGACUCACAUGGGCACAAGAGACUCCGCUGUGCCUGUAUCUCAACAUAGACUCCAAAACGUUUGGUAUGAUCCAUCUGAUCCAGGUACAAAUGCAGGGAUGAGGAGAGAACCCAGAAGGGUGAUGUUUGAUCUGCAGAGUUCAGGAAUGCUGGAUAGAGGAGAAAACAGAAAGGAAAUGGUGCAAGGAAAAGAGGAAGGAUCCAGGAGAUGCAACGGUAAAAUCCAGUCGGGCCGUUCACUGAAGGGAAAGUUGAACCUAAACUCCCUGCAGAAAAACAGAGUCCAUCCUAAGAGGAAAAGGGAGCACUCGGAGAAAAGCAGCUCUAAGAAAGCAAAAGGAAGCAAAGAGAAAAGGAAGGAUGUUAAAGAAAAGGCUAGCAAAGGAAGCUGUGAUCGCAAAUCAAAAAAAAGCAGCGAGAAAGUAAAGAAAUCCUCCCGAAUAAAAGGACCAAAUGAGGACGAGAAGAAGAAAGACAAAGACGGAGAAGGUGAAAAGAAGAGCAAAAUGUCUAAUGGAGGAGAGCAAAGUAACCAGAAAACUUCUGAGACCACCCCUAAUGACAUCACGACCACCACAGACCACUCAGGUAUGACCAGAGCAGAGGGGGGCGGAGCUACUAGUGUUGGACUGGGGCAAAGUCUGCAGACUGCAGCAGGUCACUUCCUAGGAACGGGUUUGGUUCUGGGUGGGGGGCUGCUCUCUUCCCAGCAUCCCUUCUCCCUCUCUGCCACCAGUAACAUCUCUCUGCUGGGAGCAGCCGACUCGCAGCUGAGCGUCAGCAGCCGCACUCCUCAGGGAGGGAACCUGUUGUCCGUGGCUCCGACAGCCAGCACGCUGUUCUCCAGCAGCUCAGUUAAAGCGAUUUCCUCUAACGCAGCUCUGAGUUUACCUGGGCCUACACUGGUUCAGAGCCAGGAAACUCUUGAUAUCGCUUCUCUUAGAACACAGCAGAACUCUGAUCCAGUCCAGGGGCCAGGCCCAGAGAAAGCACACCAGCUUCCACCGGAUACUCCAGUACCCCAGAACACAAGCCUACCUCUGCAGUCUCAGGCACCUCCGGGUGCUGCCGUGUCCCCGGCGGCCUCACAGGCUUCCAGACUAAACACUUCUGAUAACCCCGUGACACAAGCUGCGAGUGCACUUGGGUCGUUGACUCUUGACCCCACAGGUGAAGGUGCGUCUCCACCUGAAGGACAUGCAGACGGAGCGUCUGGCAGUACCGCAGACGUGUCUGGGACACCUGCAGCCCUGCCGUUGGUACAACAUGAGUACCUGUCAGAGGAUGGAGGUUCCUCCCCCAGGAGGAGGCUGAGGCUCGUGCUUCCGGAGAAAACCUCCAACCGGCCUCCCACCGCACUGGAGAGAAAAAUACGCUAGAGCUCCAAACCACAUUCAGACUUAUUCUGUUGUUAAAGAUGCAAAUGUUUUACCAUUUGUCUUAAAUCUGAGAAUAAACAGGGUUACUAUUUUUGGAAUAUUUCGUAAGGAUCUGUGUUCAAUAAAAUGAAAGCCAGGAGUAAUAAAGUAACAUGCAUUUAGA